GCAACCAACCAUCCAUGAUGCCCCCUGCGGACUGUUACCUGGCACUGGAGGACGGCACCGUGAUGCCGGGCCACUCCUUUGGCCACGUUCCCGCGGACAAAUCGGGAGCAGGCGGCGUUGGCGGCGAGGUGGUCUUCCAGACGGGCAUGGUCGGCUACACGGAGGCGCUGACGGAUCGCUCGUACAGCGGCCAGAUCCUGGUGCUAACGUACCCGCUGAUCGGCAACUACGGCGUUCCGUCUCCGGAUGAGCAGGACGAGCACGGGCUGCCGCUGCACUUCGAGUGGAUGCAGGGCGUCGUCCAGGCCACCGCUUUGGUGGUCGGCGAGGUGGCCGAUGCGGCCUGGCACUGGCGCACCUGGAAGACGCUGCCAAAGUGGCUGAAGCAGCACAAAGUGCCCGGCAUCAGUGGCAUCGACACCCGAGCCCUGACCAAAAAGCUGCGGGAACAGGGCAGCCUGCUGGGCAGGAUUGUCUACGAGAAGCCACCGGUUGAGGGGCUGCCCAAGUCCAGUUUCCUCGAUCCGAACACCCGCAAUUUGGCCAAGGAGUGCAGUGUGCAGGAGCGUCGCGUUUACGGGGAUCCCAAUGGCAAGGGACCCCGGAUCGCCAUCCUCGACUGCGGACUGAAGCUCAACCAGCUGCGAUGCCUGCUGCAGCGCGGCGCCUCGGUGAUUUUGCUACCCUGGAACGCCCGCCUCGAGGAGGAGCAGUUCGACGCCCUCUUCCUGUCCAACGGACCCGGUAAUCCCGAGAGCUGCGACGAGAUCGUCCAACAGGUUCGCAAAGUGAUCGAGGAGGGUGUGAAGCCAGUGUUCGGCAUCUGCCUGGGUCACCAGCUGCUGGCGAAGGCCAUCGGCUGCUCCACGUACAAGAUGAAGUACGGCAAUCGUGGCCACAAUUUGCCCUGCCUGCACCGCGCCACCGGCCGCUGCCUGAUGACCUCGCAGAACCAUGGAUAUGCCGUCGAUCUGGAGCAGCUGCCCGCCGGCUGGUCGGAGCUCUUUGUGAACGCCAACGAUGGGACCAAUGAGGGCAUAGUCCAUGCCAGCAAGCCCUACUUUUCGGUGCAGUUUCAUCCGGAGCAUCAUGCCGGGCCGCAGGAUACGGAGUUCCUCUUUGACGUCUUCCUGGAGAGCAUUUCCCAGCGGGAUCUCUCCAUACCGCAGCUCAUCGAGCAGCGAUUGCGUACGCUUAAUCCCACGAAGGGAAUCCCCGAGAAGCCCCGCAAGGUGCUAAUCCUCGGCUCCGGCGGCCUCUCCAUCGGUCAGGCCGGUGAGUUCGACUAUUCCGGCUCGCAGGCCAUCAAAGCGAUGCGGGAAUCCAACAUACAGACGGUGCUGAUCAAUCCGAACAUAGCCACGGUGCAGACCUCCAAGGGAAUGGCCGACAAGUGCUACUUCCUGCCCCUCACCGCGCACUAUGUGGAGCAGGUGAUCAAGUCGGAGCGACCGAAUGGCGUACUCCUCACCUUUGGCGGCCAAACGGCGCUCAAUUGCGGCGUGGAAUUGGAGCGAGCAGGGAUCUUCAGCAAAUACAACGUGCGCAUACUGGGCACACCCAUUCAAUCGAUCAUCGAGACGGAGGAUCGCAAACUAUUUGCCGAGCGGGUGAAUGAGAUUGGUGAGCAGGUGGCGCCCUCAGAGGCGGUUUACUCCGUUGCCGAAGCCCUCGAUGCGGCUGGUAGAUUGGGCUACCCUGUAAUGGCCCGUGCCGCCUUUUCCCUCGGAGGAUUGGGCUCUGGCUUUGCCAACAACGAGCAGGAGCUGCAGAGUCUCGCUCAACAGGCGCUGGCCCAUUCGAGUCAACUAAUUGUGGACAAAUCGCUGAAGGGCUGGAAGGAGGUGGAGUACGAGGUGGUUCGCGAUGCCUACGACAAUUGCAUUACGGUCUGCAACAUGGAGAACUUUGAUCCGCUGGGCAUACACACGGGCGAGAGUAUAGUGGUGGCCCCGUCGCAAACUUUAUCGGAUCGGGAGUAUCAGAUGCUGAGGAGCACCGCUUUGAAGGUCAUUCGUCACUUUGGCGUCGUCGGCGAGUGUAAUAUACAGUAUGCCUUGAAUCCGCACUCCGAGCAAUACUACAUCAUCGAGGUAAAUGCCCGGCUGUCGAGGAGUUCCGCCUUGGCCAGCAAGGCCACCGGCUAUCCACUGGCCUAUGUGGCGGCUAAACUAGCGCUGGGAUUGCCUCUCCCUGAGAUCAAGAACUCGGUGACGGGAAAUACAACAGCCUGCUUUGAGCCCUCCCUCGAUUACUGUGUGGUCAAGAUACCGCGCUGGGAUUUGGCCAAAUUCGUGAGGGUUAGCAAGCACAUUGGUAGCUCGAUGAAGAGCGUCGGCGAGGUGAUGGCCAUUGGCAGGAACUUCGAGGAGGCCUUCCAGAAGGCUUUGCGCAUGGUGGACAGCGAUGUGCUGGGCUUUGAACCCGAUGUCGUUGCCCUGGAUCAAGAGCAACUAUCGGAGCCCACGGAUAGGAGACCCUUUGUCUUAGCCGCUGCCCUCGAAUCAGGCAUGUGCGUCCAGGGGCUGCAUGAUUUGACCAAGAUUGAUUGCUGGUUCCUGCACAAGCUGGAGAGGAUUAUAGAAUUGAGAACUCUUCUAUCCACGAGGGGUAUUCGCAUUGAUAGGGAGUUACUCCUUCAGGCCAAGCGCUAUGGCUUCUCGGACAAGCAGAUAGCCAAGGCCACCAAGAGCUCCGAAUUGGCAGUGCGUCAUCAGCGGCAGGAGUUCGGCAUUCGUCCCCAUGUCAAGCAGAUCGACACGGUGGCCGGCGAAUGGCCAGCGAGCACUAAUUAUCUGUAUAAUACAUAUAAUGGGAGUGAGCACGAUGUGGAUUUCCCAGGUGGUCAUACCAUAGUCGUGGGAUCUGGAGUAUAUCGCAUAGGAUCCUCGGUGGAGUUUGAUUGGUGUGCCGUUGGCUGUCUAAGGGAGCUGAGGAAACUCCAGCGACCCACCAUCAUGAUCAACUAUAAUCCUGAGACGGUUUCGACCGACUACGACAUGUGCGAUCGUUUGUACUUUGAGGAGAUCAGCUUCGAGGUCGUGAUGGAUAUCUAUGAGCUGGAGAACAGCGAGGGCAUCAUCCUCUCCAUGGGCGGCCAGUUGCCCAAUAAUAUAGCCAUGGAUCUGCAUCGCCAGCAGGCCAAGGUGCUGGGCACCUCACCCGAAUCCAUUGAUUGCGCCGAGAAUAGGUUUAAAUUCUCGAGAAUGCUGGAUAGAAAGGGUAUCCUGCAGCCCCGUUGGAAGGAGCUGACCAACCUCCAGUCGGCCAUUGACUUUUGCGAGGAGGUGGGCUACCCCUGCUUAGUAAGACCAUCCUAUGUCCUCUCCGGCGCCGCCAUGAAUGUGGCCUACUCGAAUCAGGAUCUGGAAACGUAUUUGAAUGCCGCCUCCGAGGUGAGUCGCGAGCAUCCGGUGGUGAUCUCCAAGUUCCUCACCGAGGCCAAGGAGAUCGAUGUGGAUGCAGUGGCGGCGGAUGGAAGGAUCCUUUGCAUGGCUGUUUCGGAGCAUGUGGAGAAUGCCGGUGUGCAUUCAGGUGAUGCCACGCUGGUCACCCCGCCGCAGGAUUUGAAUGCGGAGACUCUGAAGGCCAUCAAGCAGAUCACCUGCGAUUUGGCCAGCGUUUUGGAUGUCACGGGACCGUUUAACAUGCAGCUAAUAGCCAAGAAUAAUGAGCUCAAGGUCAUUGAGUGUAAUGUGAGGGUGUCGCGAUCCUUUCCCUUCGUCUCGAAGACCCUGGAUCAUGACUUUGUGGCCACGGCGACGAGGGCGAUAGUUGGCCUGGAUGUGGAGCCACUGGAUGUGCUCCAUGGAGUCGGGAAGGUGGGCGUCAAGGUGCCACAGUUCAGCUUCUCGCGGCUCGCCGGAGCGGAUGUCCAGCUGGGCGUCGAGAUGGCCUCCACCGGCGAGGUGGCCUGCUUCGGGGACAAUCGCUAUGAGGCUUAUCUGAAGGCCAUGAUGUCGACGGGCUUCCAGAUUCCUAAGAAUGCGGUGCUCCUCUCCAUCGGCAGCUUCAAGCACAAAAUGGAGCUGCUGCCCUCCAUCCGGGACCUGGCCAAGAUGGGCUACAAGCUGUACGCCUCCAUGGGCACCGGCGACUUUUACGCAGAACAUGGCGUCGAUGUGGAAUCUGUGCAGUGGACGUUCGACAAGACGACGCCCGAUGACAUCAACGGGGAACUGAGGCAUCUGGCCGAGGUCCUGGCCAACAAGCAGUUCGACCUGGUCAUCAACCUGCCCAUGAGCGGCGGGGGCGCCAGGAGGGUCUCCUCGUUCAUGACCCAUGGCUACCGCACCCGUCGCCUGGCCGUGGACUACUCGAUUCCGCUGGUGACGGACGUGAAGUGCACCAAGCUGCUGGUGGAAUCGAUGCGUCUGAACGGCGGCAAGCCGGCGAUGAAGACGCACACGGACUGCAUGACCUCGCGCCGGAUUGUGAAGCUGCCCGGCUUCAUCGAUGUCCAUGUGCAUCUCCGUGAGCCGGGGGCGACGCACAAGGAGGAUUUCGCGAGCGGCACAGCGGCAGCUUUGGCCGGUGGAGUGACCCUGGUCUGCGCGAUGCCCAACACAAAUCCCUCGAUCGUCGACCGCGAGACCUUCACCCAAUUCCAGGAGCUGGCCAAGGCGGGAUCGCGAUGCGACUACGCUUUGUAUGUGGGCGCCUCGGACGCGAAUUGGUCGCAAGUCAACGAGCUGGCCAGCCAGGCGUGCGGAUUGAAGAUGUACUUAAACGACACCUUUGGCACUCUGAAGCUCAGCGACAUGACCGCCUGGCAGCGGCACCUGACCCACUGGCCCAAGCGGGCGCCCAUUGUUUGUCAUGCCGAGAAGCAGAGCACGGCGGCCAUUAUCCUGAUGGCCCAUCUUCUCGAGCGUCCCGUUCACAUCUGCCAUGUGGCGCGCAAGGAGGAGAUCCAGCUGAUACGCGCCGCCAAGGAGAAGGGCAUCAAGGUGACGUGCGAGGUGUGUCCGCAUCAUUUGUUCCUCAGCACCAAGGAUGUGGAACGUGUAGGCGGCGCAGGGAUGUCGGAGGUGCGUCCGCUGCUCUGCUCGCCCGAGGAUCAGGAGGCGCUGUGGGAGAACAUGGAGUAUAUCGAUGUGUUUGCCACCGAUCAUGCACCGCACACGCUGGCCGAGAAGCGUUCGGAGCGACCGCCGCCUGGUUUUCCGGGCGUGGAGACCAUUCUACCCCUGCUACUGCAGGCCGUCGCCGAAGGUCGCUUAACUUUGGAGGACAUCAAGCGGAAGUUCCAUCGCAAUCCGCGAAGCAUUUUCAAUCUGCCCGAGCAGGCGCACACCUAUGUGGAGGUGGAUCUGGACGAGGAGUGGACCAUAACGGGCAGCGAGCUGAAGAGCAAGUCCGGCUGGACGCCGUUCGAGGGCACCAAGGUGAAGGGACGCGUCCAUCGGGUCGUUCUGCGCGGCGAGGUGGCCUUCAUCGAUGGCCAGGUGCUGGUUCAGCCGGGCUUUGGCCAGAAUGUGCGCUCCAAAACGGGACAAGUGGGAGCCCAAGGACAAUUGGAACAACCGGACAACCUGCUGCCCAGCGACAGCGAUGCCAAUGAUACCUUUGCCCGCCUCCUCACCGCAUCAUCAACCACAUCUUCUUCCUCGACUAAAGUGCACUUUGUGGAUGGGGCCAACUUUGUGCGUCCCAUUUCGCCGGCACCGCGCGUCCGUUUGGAUUCCACCAGCAACACGGCGCUGCGGGAAUACCUGCAACGCUCCUCCAGCCCCAAUCCGGUGGCCCAUUCGUUGGUGGGCAAGCACAUUUUGGCCGUCGAUAUGUUCAGCAAGGAGCAUCUCAACGAUAUCUUCAACCUCGCCCAGCUGCUCAAGUCGCGCGUGACCAAGGAUCGUCCGGUGGACGAGCUGCUGCGCGGCAAGAUCAUGGCCAGUGUCUUCUACGAGGUGAGCACGCGGACGCAGUGCAGCUUCGCCGCUGCCAUGCUGCGUUUGGGUGGCCGCGUGAUCAGCAUGGACCAGAUCACGUCGUCGGUGAAGAAGGGCGAGAGCCUCGAGGACAGCAUCAAGGUGAUGGGCAGCUAUGCGGACGUCAUGGUCCUGCGCCAUCCAACGCCGGGAGCUGUGGCGCGCGCCGCAACCUUCUCCCGGAAACCGCUGAUCAAUGCCGGCGAUGGCGUCGGGGAGCAUCCCACGCAGGCGCUGCUGGACAUCUUCACCAUUCGCGAGGAGAUCGGCACCGUGAACGGGCUGACCAUCACUUUGGCCGGUGAUUUGAAGAACGGACGCACCGUGCACUCGCUGGCCCGCCUGCUGACCCUCUACAACGUGACCCUGCAGUAUGUGGCGCCCCACGGCCUGCAGAUGCCCGACGAGAUCACCCAGUUUGUGCACCAGCGCGGCAUCAAGCAGCUCUUCGCCUCCAGCUUCGAGGAGGUGCUGGCCAGCACGGAUGUGCUCUACAUGACCCGCAUACAGCGGGAGCGAUUCGACAGCGAGUCGGCCUACAAGGAGUGCUGUGGCCAUCUGGUGGUGACGCCCGAGCUGAUGACGCUGGCCAAGAAGCGUUCGAUUGUGCUGCAUCCGCUGCCGCGUCUGGACGAGAUCAGUCGCGACUUUGACUCGGACCCCAGGGCCGCCUACUUCCGGCAGGCGGAGUACGGCAUGUACGUCCGCAUGGCCCUGCUGGCCAUGGUCGUGGGCGGUCGCAAUACGGCGCUCUAGAGGAUUACCCACUUACUUUGACUUUCUCAAUCUUUUUUUUGUUUGCUGUAUACAAUUUUUUAUACUACACAUGUAUGUGCUACGAAUGCAUACGAAUAUAUUAUUCCAUUUGGUUAA